AUGAUGCGGCUGGCUGGGCGGCCGCUGCAGCACGUGUUGUACCAGCGUUUGGACUCUGCUGAUGGAUCUCACCGUCUGAUGUUCUGUAAUGGCUGUAAUUGGGCCGACAGCUCGUGUGGGACUCGGCGGACGUCAAGCGCAGAGGCCAUUGUUGCAGAAGGGACGGGGGGACACACACCGAGGCACAACAACAUCUACAACUAUUCGACCGAUUUGAAGAAGUUGUACUGCCAGAUCGCCAAGACGUGUCCCAUUCAGAUCAAAGUGCUCACCCAGCCUCCACAGGGCGCCGUCAUCAGAGCCAUGCCGGUCUACAAGAAGGCCGAACAUGUGACAGAGGUCGUGAAACGCUGCCCCAACCACGAACUCAGCCGCGAAUUCAACGAUGGUCAGAUCGCGCCUCCCAGUCACCUGAUCCGUGUGGAAGGGAACAGCCACGCUCAGUACGUGGAGGACUCCAUCACCGGCCGACAGAGCGUCCUGGUGCCCUACGAACCCCCACAGGUGGGAACUGAAUUCACCACCAUCCUCUACAACUUCAUGUGCAACUCCAGCUGCGUGGGGGGAAUGAACCGACGGCCCAUCCUCAUCAUCGUCACCCUGGAAACACGAGAUGGUCAGGUCCUGGGCAGACGGUGUUUUGAAGCCCGGAUCUGCGCCUGUCCCGGCAGAGAUCGGAAGGCGGACGAGGACAGCAUCCGCAAACAGAACGUAACGGACGCCACAAAGAGCAGUGACGCUUUCCGUCAAGUCUCCCACGGAAUCCAAAUGCCCACUAUAAAGAAGAGAAGGUCCACAGACGAGGAGGUCUUCUGUUUGCCUAUCAAAGGGCGUGAAAUUUACGAGAUUUUGGUGAAGAUCAAGGAGUCGCUGGAGCUGAUGCAGUUCUUACCACAACACACCAUCGAGUCGUACAGACAGCAGCAGCAGAGCCUCAUCCAGAAGCAGUCUCCGAUGCCGCCUCAGUCCUCGUACGGCUCCAGUUCUCCCACUCACGGCAAGAUGAACAAACUCCCGUCCGUGUCCCAGCUCAUCAACCCGCAGCAGAGGAACAGCCUGACCCCCUCUGGCAUGUCGGGCGGCCUCACUGACAUGACUCCCAUGAUGGGCUCUCACAUCCCCAUGAGCGACAUGAGCUCACUGAGUCCUACACACGCACUGCAGUCACAGCUCCCCCUGGUGCCCUCCUCGCAGCACUGCACCCCCCCUCCUCCCUACCCCAUGGACAGCAGCAUCUCCAGUUUCCUCAUUCGGCUGGGCUGCGCAGGCUGCUUGGACUACUUCACCGCACAGGGCAUAACCAACAUUUACCAGAUCGAAAACUACAACAUGGAGGACCUGUCCCGGCUCAAGAUCCCGGUGGAGUUCCAGCACCCCAUCUGGAAGGGCAUCAUCGAGCAGCGGCAGGCCAUGGACUUCUCGCCGCCGCCCCACAUCGUGCGCACCACCAGCAAUGCGUCCAGUGUCAGCCUGGGAUCCUCUGAGGCGCGCGGCGAGCGGGUGAUCGACGCCGUGCGCUUCACCCUGCGCCAGACCAUCUCCUUCCCACCGAGAGACGAGUGGUCCGACUUCUCCUUCGACCUGGAUUCACGCCGCAACAAGCAGCAGCGCAUCAAGGAGGAGGGUGAGUGA